GGCACGGGGCGGGCAUCGGGCCCAGGCGGAGCGACGGGGCAUCGGGCCCCAGGCGGAGCGACAGGCAUCGGGCUUCCAGGUGGGGCGGGGCAUCGGGCCCCCAGACGGGGCGACGGGCAUCGGGCCCCCAGGCGGGGCGACGGGCACCGGGCCCCCCGGCGGAGCGGCGGGCGCCGGGCCCCCAGGCGGGGAGACAGGCAUCGGGCCCCCAGGGGCGACAGGCAUCGGGCCCCCAGGCGGAGUGACAGGCAUCGGGCCCCCAGGCAGGGACGGGCGCCGGGCCCCCAGGCAGAGCGCCGGGCGCCGGGCCCUCAGGCGGGGCGGCAGGCACCGGGCCCCCAGGAGGGGCGGCAGACACUGGGCCCCCAGGCGGAGCGGCAUUGGAUCGUCUGGCUCGACAGCGGGCAUCGGGUCACCAGGUAUGACAGUGGGCUCCGAGUCACCAGGCAUGACCGCGGGCACUGG